ACUGUGUGUAAAAAAAAGUGUUAAUCACACAUCUGUCAGUUUAAAGCUAAAGUGCUUGUGUUAAAACAGUCAGUCAUUCAGUUGCUGUUGAUCUGAUGAGCUUCAACACGAUAUAUUUGAUGCUGAUGUUGGUCAGAAUGGCUCCUGCUCUUCCUCUGAUCUUUCUGCUCAUGAUUCAUGGGGUUUCUAGUGCUGAUUGGGGUGUGAGUUACAGUCCUUCACACAUCUGUGCACUAAAGGACUCAUCAGUGAUAGUGAGCUGCACUUAUACAUACCCUACUGGAUAUCAGAUCGAGAAAGUGUUCUGGACCAAAGGCCCAUUAGGAAAAGAGCCUCCAGAUCUGUCUGAGGACCCUGAAUACAGUCAGAGGCUUCAGUAUCUGGGAGAUAAACAGCAGAACUGCACCAUCAGACUGAGUCAUGUGACACCAAAGGAUUCACACAUGUACUAUUUCAAAUUCAUCACUGAUAUACCUGAUGGUAAAUGGACUGGUGUUCCAGGAGUGACUCUUAAUGUCACAGAUCUUCAGGUGGAGUCUCCUGAGAGAGUGACAGAGGGAGAUUCAGUCCGUCUGACAUGUAAAAGCAGCUGCACUCUGACUGACAGAGCAACAUUCAUCUGGUACAGAAACUCACAGCCAUUAACUGAGAGAAGAGACAGAAACAAUGAACUCCUGCUGCAGUCAGUCAGAAGAGAGGAUGCAGGCAGAUAUAGCUGUGCUGUACACGGACACAAUCACAUCUCUCCUGCUGUUCAGCUCAAUGUCAUGUACCCUCCAAAGAGCAUCUUGGUGUCCAUCAGUCCAUCUGGUGAAAUAGUGUCAGGAGAUUCAGUGACUCUGAUCUGCAGCAGUGAUUCAAACCCUCCUGCAGAAAUCAGCUGGUUUAAAGGAAGAACGUUUGUAGGAUCUGGAAGAAUCUUCAACAUCUCAAAAAUCAGCUCUGAUGACAGUGGAGAAUACAAGUGCAGAUCCAUCAAUGAACAUGGAGAGAAAUACUCUGAUGCUGUGACUUUAAAUGUCAUGUCCAUCAGAUGUUUCUCGUCUGUAGCUGUUGCUGCUGGUGUUACUGUUGGUGUUUUACUCGGUGGAGCAUCAGGUGCUUUCAUCAUGUACAUUUGUCUUUCUAGAAGGAUGAAAAGAAGAUCUGCUGUGAAGGAGAUCUCUGAUCCCAAUGAAGACACAUAUACAGCUCUUGAGCUCAAGUCCACGACCUCUGACCUGUACGACACACUCACAACGGUUCAUCCCAGAGCUCCUGAAGACUCCUGCAGGACUCUUGAUCCUCAGAGCUUUUCUAAACAUGAGAAUCCAUCAAUCAACAGGAAGAUGCUGCAGUAAGAGGCGGAGCAUGAAGGAGCCAAUCCUGAGCUCUGUGGGCGGAGCCACAUAUGAUUGACAGGAUCAUCAGUGAUGAGUCACACAAGAGUUUUAUUUCUGUAUAUUUGAAGAAACAUGAUGUAACAGAGGAAUUAAAUUAUAGUUAAAAGCUGGUGAAUUGUCACUGUGUAAAUAUAUAAUGUUAAGUUUAAGUCAGCAGAGCAAAACACCUCAAAUGAUGUUCAGUUUUUUUCUCAUUUUACAACAUUUUCCUGUUUUUCCUGUUUUUAAAGGAAACGCUGCUUGAGAAGAGCAAAUGUCAUCAUUAAAAAUGCAUCUCACCCUAACCAUCGCUUGGAA